GUUGGCCCUGUCGCAGUUGUCAGCCUGAACGAACUCUCACAAAUUCUGGGCAGCCUAUAACAUAAGUUUGAGCACCGGGCGAUUGCUCAGUCGGAAAUAACCUGCGAGGACGACAGCAUACCGGCAACGGAAGCGAAGCUCAUCAUGGUGCAGAUAUCGCAGACCGAGGAGGACAUCAAAAUUUCAAUUGAACUGAAUCGUCUGGUGACACGGAAGCCGGACGUUGUCCUGCUGCCCCAGUACUUGAAGUUCAACAAUCCACCCAUAUUCUUUGAGCGUCAUCUGGCCCAAGAGAUCGACGAGAUGGCCAGCUUCUGUCGCAUCUUCAAGAACGAGGCACGCAUCGUGCUGGUUAAGAAGGAGAAGGGCGUUUGGCCAGAGAUGUUUCAGAAGCUGGACAAGGAGGCACUCUUGAAGAAGCGCCUGGAAAUCGCCGAUCUGAUUGUGGAGCGCAACAAGCAGCGCGAUCAGCAGGCCAUGGAACGGUACGAGAACAAGCGUCGCGCCGAAAUCUCAAAGGAAAUUAAGCGCGAGACAGAAAUGAAGGAUCGCGUCAAGCAGUUCCAAGAUAAUGCACGUCGUGAGGCGCUCGUCGUGGAUGUGCGAAAGGAGACAUCCAUGAAAUCUGUCAGUCCUUCAUUAAACGCCCCCUCCCACCAACAACAACAACCACCCGCAGUGACAGCUGCUUCUCGCCUGUCCACGCCACUCAUGCGUCCACCAAUGUCCGGCGUCCGUGGCAGUGGACGCAUCAGUGUAAGCUUCACCAAUGAACACAAGCGGGUCACUCCGAAGCGCGAGUCCCAGACAAACAUACAGAUGGCCUUUGCCGCGGCUGGCAAGCCCACUGACCCAUCCAUGAAGUCUCCCAUGGAUACUCUCGAUGAAUGAGUAUCAUUCCACAUCAUACUAUCAGAUAGCCCCCCCUUGUGCAUGCGUGUGUGUGUUGGCUUGUGCAAAAAUACUGUUUCCUAUUUUCGUAACUCUACAAAUGUAUGCUUUAAUUAAACUUAAAUACAAGUU